AUGCGGGGCGUGCAGAUCUUCUCGGGGAAUUCCCAUCCCGCCCUUACAGAGACCAUCUGCGAACGGCUGGGCACCUCGCCAGCUCAGGCCGACCUUGGGAAAUUCGCCAAUGGCGAGACCAGCGUCAACAUCGGCGUCUCGAUCCGCAACCAGGAUGUCUACAUUGUUCAGAGUGGUAGCAGCAAGAUCAAUGAUAGUGUCAUGGAGCUUCUCAUCAUGAUCUCCGCGUGCAAGGGUGGCUCCGCCAAGUCGAUUACUGCGGUCAUGCCAUACUUCCCCUAUUCGCGUCAAUCCAAGAAGAAGAGCCAUCGCGGUGCCAUCACGGCCCGCAUGCUCGCCAACCUGCUCUCCAUCGCUGGUGUGGACCAUGUGAUAACCAUGGACUUGCACGCAUCCCAGAUGCAAGGCUUCUUUGGCAAACCCGUCGAUAACCUCUUCGCCGAACCGUUCAUUGCUCGCUGGAUCCGGAUGAAUGUGGCGGGCUGGAAGGACGCGGUGGUGGUGAGCAAAAAUGCCGGCGGUACCAAGCGAGUCACCUCGCUGGCCGAUACCCUCAAACUGAAUUUUGGUAUUGUGACCACCGAUCGGCGGCGGCCCAAGGUUCCGGUCAACACUAUGUCCGACAGCACGGUUUUCUUCGAUGCCGUCGAUGACGAUUUCCCAAGCACCCGCUCCUAUCCCGGAGGAAACGGAAACAUCUGGGACCCCUCACGGCCUGCUCCGUCCCGAGACUCCCCGGCAGCCCGUCGCCUUUCCGAGCUGGAGGCUGCGCACGAAUACACCGAUGUGCGGAUUCAAGAUGUGAUCACGGGCCGUCUGGUGCAAGGUCAGCUUGUGGACGAUGAUUAUCACGCCGAAUCUGACUCCCAGUCCGGCGGAACCACUCCGGGGGCUAGCGGCAGCACCAGCGGCCACGCCGAGAAUACCGAGGUCGUCCCGGAGACCAUGUUUAACUCCAUGAUCUCCAAUGCGUCCUCCCUGCCCCCGGACCAUGCUUUGGGUGGCUCCUUUGAUGCUGUCGAAUCCGAUGACGAGGCCAGUGAUGCUGGUCACUACCACGAGCGGACCAUCACGCUGGUCGGCGAAGUCCGUGAUCGACCCGUGUUCAUUGUCGACGACAUGAUUGACAAGAGUGGAUCGUGGAUCGUCGCCGCAGAGACCGUCGUCAAGCGGGGUGGUGCACGCAAAGUCUAUUGCAUUGCCACCCACGGUCUGUUUGGAGCCGAUUCGCUCGAUCAGAUGGAGGCCUGCCCUUCCAUUGACCAUAUUGUUGUGACGAACACAUUCCCGAUUGACUCCUCGAUGCUGAAGCGGUCCAAGAAGCUGAUCGUCAUUGACGUGUCGACUCUUCUAGCGGAGAGUAUUCGGCGGCAUCACUACGGCGAAAGCGUCUCGGCCCUUUUCCACCUUAAUGACUGA